AUUAUAAAAUAAAAUCUGAGGGAUGCCUCAGUUGCAUGCUCUCCAGCGAACCAUUUGUUGACAUCAUGCAUGAUCUGUAUCUGCUGGUUUCCUGGAAAUCUCCAUCUCGGUCGCUGCUGUUGCUGAGGUCGGCGGCGCAGAUCGUCGCAACAUGAGCAUGGAGGGGCUCAUCCCGUUCGUUUGCGGCGCGAUCAGCAAGCGGAGGGCGGCGAAAAGGGCUGUGGACUACGAGCGCCUCUCCUCCGCCGGCGCUCCGCCAACGCGGGGAUGGGGACACGAGCGCCUCCCCGGCGGCGCCUACGACCAUCCUCGGAGCCAGAGCUGCCGGUUCGCCGCGCGCUCGUCGCCCGACGAGCGCGGUUUCUCCCGUGACGAGGGUGUCCGGGACGAGCCGUCUCCGCCGGGCGGCGACGGGUGGCGUGGUCUGUCCAAGUCCCGGAGGUUCAGUAGCAUGCGCUUGUUUGGAUGCGUCAGUGGCGCGUAGGAAGAGAAGAAUCUGUUUGGAUGUCUGGUAUCGUGUGCCGCGAGCACAGCUCUGUACAGAAGAAACGAUUUGACGAGUAAAUAAAUCGAGUGAAAUGUAGCGCUUGCUGCGAGCUGCGACUGCAAAGCACAAUCUUGCGUUCUCGCUGAUGCAAAUGAAAUACACAACGGACGCAUUUGUUCAAA